CAUCACGGGCUAGGGAACAGUAGGCAGGCAGUGAAGCAGGCAGGCAGGCUGCCGACUAAAGCCAGUGAGUCCAGGUUUGGGGGUCAGGAACCGGUCUGACCACAGAAUGGAGAGUCUGUGCGUAUACUAGGUUUCAGGAAAAUAUGCUGUGGAGGAUGUACAUGGAAAACAGAAGGAGGCUUCCACGGAUACAGCCAGGGAAUGUCAAGACAUGUUUCAGGCCAUAGGGAGUGCAACUAAAGAUGUCCGAUAGUGUCGAUAUUGAAGAGAAACCACCUGCCCCCCCCUUGAGAAUGAACAGUAGUUCCCGUGACCCUUCCUCAGUACACAGUUCCAAACCACUUCCAAUGGCUCCAGAAGAGAAGAACAAGAAAGCCCGUCUCAGGUCCAUCUUUCCCGGGGGAGACAAAACCAAUAAGAAGAAAGAGAAAGAGCGUCCAGAGAUAUCCCUGCCCUCUGAUUUCGAGCACACUAUCCAUGUAGGCUUUGACGCAGUAACGGGGGAGUUCACUGGUAUUCCAGAGCAAUGGGCUCGGUUAUUGCAAACGUCUAAUAUUACUAAGCUGGAACAGAAGAAAAACCCUCAGGCUGUUAUAGAUGUUCUCAAGUUCUACGACUCCAAAGAGACUGUCAACAACCAGAAAUACAUGAGCUUCACGUCAGGAGAUAAAUCUGCUCAUGGUUACAUUGCAGCCAAUACACUGAACCGCCUCCUGUCUUCCGGGCCACCUGUCAGCCUUAGAACCUGCAGCGCGUUUUUUGACAAGCAAGGGGCUAAGACAACUUCUGAACCUCCUAUUGCACCUCCGGUGUCUGAAGAAGAAGACGAGGAAGAGGAGGAUGAAGAGGAAGAAGAAGAAGAUGAGGAUGAGGAUGAGGUUCCACCCAUCAUCGCUCCACGGCCUGAGCACACCAAAUCUAUCUUCACACGCUCUGUUAUUGAGCCAGUUGCACCUCCUGCUUCUGUCAAAGAGGUCACGACCCCUCCAGAGUCACAAGUCCAGCCGGAGAACACGUCUAGUACGCUGUACCGUCACACUGACCGACAGAGGAAGAAAUCCAAGAUGACAGAUGAGGAAAUACUGGAAAAACUCAGAAGCAUUGUUAGUGUUGGUGAUCCCAAGAAGAAAUAUACACGUUUUGAGAAAAUUGGACAAGGGGCAUCUGGGACAGUAUACACAGCUAUUGACAUUGCCACAGGACAAGAGGUGGCCAUUAAACAGAUGAAUCUGCAACAGCAGCCAAAGAAAGAGCUCAUUAUUAACGAGAUUCUCGUGAUGAGGGAAAACAAAAACCCCAAUAUAGUCAACUACCUGGACAGUUAUCUAGUAGGAGAUGAGUUGUGGGUGGUGAUGGAGUAUUUGGCAGGUGGUUCACUAACUGAUGUGGUAACCGAGACCUGCAUGGAUGAGGGACAGAUUGCUGCAGUGUGCAGAGAGUGUCUACAGGCUCUGGACUUCCUCCAUUCUAAUCAGGUGAUUCAUAGAGAUAUCAAGAGUGACAACAUUCUCCUGGGCAUGGAUGGUUCUGUGAAACUCACGGAUUUCGGGUUUUGUGCUCAGAUCACACCUGAGCAGAACAAGCGUAGCACUAUGGUGGGUACACCCUACUGGAUGGCCCCAGAGGUCGUAACCCGGAAGGCCUAUGGCCCUAAAGUGGACAUCUGGUCCCUGGGCAUCAUGGCUAUUGAAAUGGUGGAGGGAGAACCGCCAUACCUGAAUGAGAACCCACUCAGGGCCCUGUAUUUAAUUGCAACCAAUGGAACUCCAGAGCUACAAAAUCCUGAACGGCUAUCCUCAGUGUUUCGAGACUUCCUGAACCGCUGUCUGGAGAUGGAUGUAGACCGGAGAGGGUCAGCAAAAGAAUUGCUGCAGCACUCAUUCCUGAAGCUUGCCAAACCCCUCUCCAGUUUGAGUCCGCUGAUUGUAGCUGCCAAGGAAGCCAUCAAGAAUAGCAGCCGCUAGGAACUUCCCCACACACACACACACACAUACAUACACAUUCAUACGCACAGAGUGCAGGUACAGUGUGUUUAUGUGUCAUAGCACAAUUACACAAU